UCAAGCACAUACACUAAUCUCUGACGUAAAACGCGCAGCAGUACUCUACCAAUAGAAUAGCAGAGCGUCGUGACGUCACUUCCUGACCGGUAGUUUUGCGGGAAGUUUGGUCCUCACACAGCUCAGCUAAACCUCCACUAAACUACACAGUCCAGAUGCCUCCUAAAGCCAAGGCGGCAAAGAAAGGCAGAGCUCCAGCUAAGAGGAAGCUGGCAGAGGAGUUCCCCCCCGGUGAGGUCCUAACAGACACAGGGAAGAAGCCAUGGAAGCUGGGGGCUCCAAUCGGCCAGGGGGGCUUUGGUCUCAUAUAUUUGGCUGAUGAGAAUUCUGCCAAAGCUGUGGGUGCUGAUGCUCCUUAUGUCAUCAAAGUGGAGCCCAGUGACAAUGGACCACUGUUCUCUGAGCUCAAGUUUUACAUGAGAGCUGCAAAGCCUGACCUGAUUCAGAGCUGGAUGAAGACACGCAAGUUGAAAAAUCUGGGCGUUCCCAGGUACUGGGGCUCAGGUCUGCAUGAGAGAGGAGGGAAAAGGUAUAGGUUCAUGGUUAUUGACAGGCUUGGCUCAGACCUGCAGAAGAAGUUUGAAGAAUGUGGAAGGAGGUUCCCAAGAAAACUGGUCCUGCAGCUCGGCCUCCGACUGCUGGAUACUCUGGAGUACAUCCAUGACCAUGAGUACGUGCAUGCUGACAUCAAGGCUUCCAACCUCAUGUUGAGCCACAGUGAUCCCGACCAGGUUUACUUGGUAGACUAUGGGCUGGCAUAUAGGUACGCACCCGACAGUGUCGUAAAAGAGUACAAGGAAGACCCCAAGAGAUGUCACGAUGGCACCAUCGAGUUCACAAGCAUCGACGCCCACAAAGGAGCAACUGCAUGCAGGCGGAGCGACCUGGAGAUCCUGUGCUACUGCAUGGUUCAGUGGCUGUGUGGACGCCUGCCCUGGGAGGACAAGCUGCAGGACCCCCUGUACGUCAGAGACUCCAAAAUCAGAAGCCAAGAAAACAUCUCUGAGUUUAUGACCGUGUGUUUCUCCUCCCAAGACAAGCCAGAAGAGAUCCAGAAGUUCAUGGAGGAGGUUAAAUCUCUGGGAUACGAAGACAAACCACCGUACGAGAAGUUGCGCUCCAUCCUGCAGGCCGGACUGAAGGCUAUCCAGGCUAAAGAUGACGGCAAGCUGAAGUUCACUCCCGUCAGUGGAAGUGCAUCGCCUCCCGCUAAGAAGGCCACCAAGAGAAAGAUGGCAGCCGAUGAAGCAGAAGAGAGUGAGACUGACGGAGGAACGAUCAAGAAAAAGAGAGUCACAAAGAAAAAAGAAGUGAAUGGUGUGAAGAAAAGUCCCAAAAAGACCCCGAGACCAAGGAAGGUACCCAGCACUAAAAAACUGAGUGACUCCAAAUCCAAACUGGUGGAGACGGCUACCCAGACAACACCCGGACUUGCCAAGAGAACUAGAGGCAGACCCAAGAAAAGCACCGCCUAAAGCAUCCACCUCAGCCUACACUCCUCCCCCCCCCCCCCCACUCCAGCCUGCUGUCUGUCCUCUGCUUCUUAAAAGAGUCACUUUUUCAAGUUUUAUAUGGUUUCUAUCUGUUACGCACUGCCACAUGUUGAUGUUUGACUGUAUUUGGUGUGGCUGAGGCCAGAUCCAUUGUAAUAAAGAGGAAAUGAACUUGUCCAUCUUUUGGUUUUAAUUAAAGGUUUCAGGGUCGAUG